UUUGACAGUAUUUCAAUUUUAAAAAUGACAAAGUGGCAUAAAGACUUGUAUUGCUUUUAUUUUGACAAAAUUAUAUUCAGGAUGAGCAAUUACUAAGAACAACUGUAACAACAAAUCAACAAAUGGGUUGUUUUCAGUUUGUUUAGAACCUUUUAAGAAAGGAAGGAAUGUCUUAUUUUUUGUUUAGAACCUUUAGAAAUAUCUUCAGAGCUGCAAUGAAUUAUCUUUCAAUCAGACUGCAAAAAAUAUCAAGAUACAAAUUAAAUAAACUAUAGUGAGAUGUUGGAUAUUUAUCUAUUGUAAUUAUAUUGCCAAGUUCAAGUUUUUGUGAAGGAAGAGCAGUUGGUCCACAUGUUCAGGAGUAAGUGCUUCGCUGGGCCGUAACAAUAUCUCCUGCAGUGGAAAAGACUCUCUCUGCAGAGACACUGGUUGCAGGAAUGCAUAAAUACCUCUUUGCCAUUUUGGAGAGCAAAGGAAAAGACACCUUGUUUAUAUGCCACCAGUUGAGGGGGUCCUCAGAUAGAGAGAGUGGUGGAGAACCCCGAUAUCUGGUCAUCUCCUCUUCAGCUAUGGCAUGGGCUGACUGAUGAUGUGGUGUAACAGAAGCAUCAAAGAAGGUCUGUCCCAGCAGACAGUGCAGCAAAGAUGAAGCUCUUCCUGUUCAAGUAGAAGGACGGUCAUCCUGAUUCUCUGCGACUUUAGGCUGUGGGCUCACUGAGCUGCUGGCUUCUGUCACUGUGCAGUCUUCUGGAUUUUCCUGCUCUUUUGCCUUAUCUUCCUGCUUUUAAUCAAUCACAAGAGAGGAAAAUUGUUAGUUUGAAGAAACUGUUAUUAAUCAUUUUGUUAUCACUCCUGUAUGAUCAGCAGUGAAUGUAAAUAUGUAUAUACAUUAUUUUGUUUUUCCCUAGCCUCAUACUUUAGAUUAUAUUAAUAAUAGCAUUCCCACCUUAGCAAAACCAGAACUUUCUCUCACCUCCCUAUUCUGCAUGACUCUUGCGCCUCCCACUGACUAUAAAUAAAGGAGUCAAGGGGAACCACCCUUUGUAACACAUUCUGCUGUAGUUUGCAUUGCAGAGAGUGUGGGUACCCUUGCAAGUAAAAACUAUAAAGUGUGUUGUCUCAAUAAAAGGUGGAGUUGGGGUGGAAACGCCGGGCGCUUUCCCCAACAUAGAAUUUGGUCCUUCGAGCCGGAUCCGAGGAACCCCGAAGACGUCUCCAGUACGCCGAGAGAAGCGACACCGAAGUCUGUCGACAGCCACUCGAAGUCGGGUGCAAGAAAGACCUGUGAUGUGAAUUCGUCAUCAGGCCGGUGGUUAGAACUGCGCUCGACGUCUGGUGAUGUCUGAAGGACCUCGGUGACGGAACAGAGAGCACACUACAUAGGAUAACUUGCAGCCAGGGGAUUGGAUCCUGGUCAAGGUCCUGUUGCGGAAGGAGUGGAGCACACCCCGGUGGGACCGUCCUUAUCAAGUCCUCCUCACAACACCAACAGCUGUGAAAAUAGCAGAACGACCUUCCUGGAUACACAAAAGUCACUGUAAACCCAUCAAGCCCUUAUCAGAGGCCUCAGCGACAGAGUAGCAGUGGAAGUCUGCUACAAAGGCACAGUAACCAAUAGGGUGCUGCUGUCUCAACCCGGUGAAGAAAACAACUGAACUGCACUCUAUUAGGAUGGCUCUGACGGGGUGGGGAUGUGGUAAGGUGACUCUAGGGGUCAUUCUUAUUGUUGGACUUGUAUGGUUGUCCUUGCUCCCACUAGCUCCAUUGCAGCACCUACGGCGAUGGACCCAUGACGACUUCCAUCUGCGCCCGUUGCCUGCUGACCACUCACACCCGUUCAUGAAGAACUACUGGUAUCGAUAUGUACAUGACACUGUAACAGCAAAAAAUGUGAUGAAUUGCUAUGUUUGUUCUGUGAUGCCUACUCAUAGUGAAGGACCCACUGUAUAUGGAAAACCCAUGAAUAUGUCCCAGGCCAAAUGUGCUGCAUCUUUUGCAGGUAUAGGGUACCAAAGUAUUGUUUCACUUAGUCUCCAUCUACGGAAAAUAUAUGUUAAUAUCACCACUAAUGGGUCAGGUAAUAUAAUCGUAAAAACUGUUGUGCAAGAUGCCACAGGAAUAUACCCAGAUGACCCUGGGUUCCAAAACGGCACAUGUCUCCAAGACUUUUGGGUGGAUUUCACCGUAACUAAAACCAAUGUAUCAUUCCCCUUUUCUGUCCUAAUAUAUCAAGACCCAACCACAUAUAAUCAUUCAGUCUGCUACAAACAGAAUAAUGGCACUAGGUGGAUCGGAGGCAAUACCACGAAUUGUGACACGACCUUCGUUAGCAGCAUGUACGGCUCUCCUGUCUCGUUCUUGGGGCCCAGUAAUGGAACUUAUUGGGUGGAUGGAGUGGCUUGGUUAUGCGGACCUCGUGCAUACUUUGUCCUACCACCGAACUGGUUUGGAGUGUGCGCUCCUAUUUUUGUUUCAGAUCACACCUUUCUGAUAGCACAGGGAAGUAAGGUUUCCAUCAGAAGCAGGAGGAAGCGUUCAAUAUCAAUACAACCCCAUGACAGUUUGUGGGGAACAGACGUACCCCCUGAACAUAAACUGUGGGGAACAGGCAGUAAAGUUGCGCUGUCCCUAUUCCCCUGGGCAGGAGUCGGAAAGCUCAUGCUACGAGUAGAAACUCUAAAUUAUAGACUAGGUCUUUUCAUAAAUAGUUCGAUACUAAUUGAUCAACAACAAAACGAACAAUUGGACAUAACCAGACAGAUGGUUAUCCAGAACCGUAUGGCAUUAGACCUACUGACAGCUGCACAAGGAGGAGUAUGUGUCCUCCUGAAUCAAACGUGCUGCACUUACAUUCCUGACAACGUGCACUCACCUAAUAUGACAAUUGCCCUCGACCGCCUCCGUGACUUACAAAAAGUGAUGACCAUGGACAGUCAACCGCAGUCCUCCUGGCUGGACUGGUUUGUUACAGGAACAUGGUGGUCCAUACUGAUGAAAAUGUGCAUACCUUUUGUUUUGUUUUUUAUUUUGUUUUUCUGUUGUUUUAUAACUGUUAUACCAUGUUUGAAAAUGUUUAUUAAUCAAGCUCUUAAUGCCGCUUUUCGGACACACAGUACAAUGUUUCUCUCCCUUACUCAGAAUAUGGAGACAGAGCCUGUUUCCAGCGAUAGCGAUGAAGAAGACAUGUAAUUCAUAAUGACGGCUGAGCCGAAAGCACCCGUGCAGGGCUCGGACCUGAAGUAACGGAAUUAGAUGUUUUUCUAUGAUAAACAGGAGGAACGACUCCUGAUGGUUUUCUGUACUCCACAGUUAGGAUGAUGAUGAUGUGAUCUAAAUGACGGUUGUACUGGAAAUGCUUUUGCAACUUGUACAAUACUGAUGCUUCUGAUCAUACUGUCAUGAUAAACAGGAGGGACUGUUAAGUUGAAGAAACUGUUAUUAAUCAUUUUGUUAUCACUCCUGUAUGAUCAGCAAUGAAUGUAAAUAUGUAUAUACAUUAUUUUGUUUUUCCCUAGCCUCAUACUUUAGAUUAUAUUAAUAAUAGCAUUCCCACCUUAGCAAAACCAGAACUUUCUCUCACCUCCCUAUUCUGCAUGACUCUUGCGCCUCUAUAAAACUAUAUAAAAACUAUAAAGUGUGUUGUCUCAAUAAAAGGUGGAGUUGGGGUGGAAAUGCCGGGCGCUUUCCCCAACAAAAAUAAACAAAUAAACAAAAUAAAUAAACAUAUAGAUCAAACAUAACUAAGUUAAAUGAUUGAGGUCGUACACAUUGACUAAUAAAGAUUUAGAAAAAUUUAUUUAAUGUUAUUUCAUAAUUUAAG